GCUUCGUGGAAACGCCCCCUCCAUUACUCGUCACUAACAUCACUAGUUCCUGUGAACCGGACUUUGAGCUCACCGGGACUCUGAUGGUCUCAUCCGGUCCAGCUUGACGGUGCAGUAAAGAUGUCGGCGUCCAGUCGCUCUCCGCUGCUGCUAUUCUCCUCCGUGUUUCUCUGCGGCUUUGCCUCUGUCCUCAGCCUGAAGGCUACUAACGGCACCAUUGAGCCGCCGAACCCGUCCGCCGAUCCAACGGUCAAGGAUGUACCUGCCACCUCGCAGUCGCAGCCUCGAAGUUCGCCCGACUGGAAGCUGUUGGAGGAGGAGGCCUGCCGGGAAGACCUGACCCGCCUCUGCCCCAAGCACACCUGGACCAACAACCUGGCCGUGCUGGAGUGCCUGGAGGACCGCAGAGAGGAAAGUGAAAUCGCUCCCGACUGCCACCAUCUUCUCUGGAACUACAAACUCGACCUGAUCACGGAUCCGAAGUUUGAAUCUGUGGCCACGGAAGUCUGCAAGAGCACCAUCGCCGAGAUUAAGGAGUGUAACGAGGAGGAGAGGGGGCGGGGCUACCUGGUGUCCUGCCUGGUGGAUCACCGUGGCAGCAUCAGCGACUACCAGUGCAACCAGUACAUCACCAAGAUGACCAGCAUCAUCUUCAGCGACUUCCGGCUGAUCUACGGCUUCAUGGACAAAUGCAGAGACGACAUCAACAGGCUGCACUGCGGCAGCAUCAACGUCGGACACAAGGACGUCCACACUCAGGGCGAAGUGAUCGCCUGUCUGGAGAAGGCGUUGGUCAGGGAGGCGGAGCAGCAGAAAGGAGUUCGUCCAAUCAGAGAGGAGUGUCAGAAAGCGAUCCUGAGGGUUGCCGAGCUGUCGUCGGACGACUUCCACCUCGACAGACAUCUUUACUUCUGCAGAGACGAUCGCGAGAGAUUCUGUCAGAACACUCAGGCAGGAGAAGGAAAAGUCUACAAGUGUCUGUUCAACCACAAGUUUGAAGAGGCCAUGUCAGAAAAGUGCCGUGACGCUUUGACCACCCGACAGAAGCUGAUCUCUCAGGACUACAGAGUCAGUUACUCUCUGGCUAAAGCCUGUAAACUGGACCUGAGGAAGCAGCGCUGCAGCCUCGACACCAACCUGCCUCGAGCCCGCGAGGCCCGACUGUCCUACCUGCUGCUGUGUCUGGAGGCCGCCGUGCACCGCGGUCGUCCGGUCAGUGGUGAGUGUCAGGGGGAGAUGCUGGACUAUCGGCGGAUGCUGAUGGAGGAUUUCUCUCUCAGUCCGGAGAUCGUGCUUCACUGCCGGACAGAGAUCGAGGCUCACUGCUCUGGACUUCAACGCAAAGGACGAACGCUGCACUGCCUGAUGAGGAUCGGCCGCGGCGACCGAAGCACCGCCGUUGACAGCGUCUGCCAGAGCGCCCUGCAGACUCUGAUCCAGUCGGCCGACCCCGGAGCCGACUAUCGGAUCGAUCGAGCGCUCAACGAGGCCUGUGAGUCCGUCAUCCAGACCGCCUGCAAACACAUCCGCAACGGAGACCCAAUGAUCCUGUCGUGCCUCAUGGAGCAUCUGUACACUGAGAAGAUGGUGGAGGAUUGUGAACACCGACUGCUGGAGCUGCAGUAUUUCAUAUCCAGAGACUGGAAACUGGACCCGAUCCUCUUUAAGAAAUGUCAAGGCGACGCUGCUCGACUCUGCCACACUCACGGCUGGAAUGAAACCAGUGAGCUGAUGCCGCCGGGCGCCGUUUUCUCCUGCCUGUAUCGCCACGCCUACCGCACCGAGGAGCAGGGACGACGGGUGAAGCCAGACAAGCAGUUAUCUCGGGACUGUAAGGUGGAGGUCCAGAGGAUUCUCCACCAGAGGGCGCUGGACGUGAAGUUGGACCCGGAGCUGCAAAGACGCUGCAUGACCGACCUCGGAAAGUGGUGCAGCGAGAAGACCGAUGCUGGACAGGAGUUGGAGUGUCUGCAGGAUCAUCUGGAGGAUCUGGUGUCGGCCUGCAGGGACGUGGUGGGAAACCUGACAGAGCUGGAGUCAGAGGACAUCCAGAUUGACGCUCUGCUCAUCAGAGCCUGUGAACCCGUCAUCCAGACCUACUGCCAUGAAGUAGCCGAUAACCAGAUUGAUACCGGUGAUCUGAUGGAGUGUUUGGUUCAGAAUAAACACCAGAAGGAGAUGAACGACAAGUGUGGAGUCGGUGUUACGCAUUUCCAGCUGAUUCAAAUGAAGGAUUUCAGGUUCUCCUACAAGUUCAAGACAGCCUGUGAGGAGGAUGUUCUGCGUUUGUGUCCAAACAUCAAGAAAAAGGUCGACGCCGUCAUCUGUCUCAGCACCACGGUGAGGAACGAUACGCUGCAGGACGCCCGAGAACAGCAAGUUUCUCUCAAGUGUCGCAAAGAGCUGCGAGUGGAGGAGGUGGAGAUGUCGGAGGAUAUUCGACUGGUACCUGAGCUUUAUGAUUCCUGUAAGUCUGACAUCAGUCGUCUGUGUCCCAACGUGGCCUUUGGAAACGCUCAGGUGAUCGAGUGUCUGAAGGAGCAGAAGAAGCAGCUCAGUCAACGUUGCCACCAGAGGAUCUUCAGACUGCAGCAAGUGGAGAUGAGCGACUCGGAGCUGGACUACCAGCUGAUGAGAGUCUGCAAGCACAUGAUCCGGCGGUUCUGUACUGAAUCAGACGGCAAAAACAUCCUUCAAUGUCUGAAGCAGAACAAGAACAGCGAGCUGAUGGAUCCAAAGUGUAAACAGAUGAUCACCAAGAGACAAAUCACACAGAACACAGACUUUAGACUGAACCCGGUGCUGAGGAAAGCUUGUCGAGCCGACAUCCCAAAGUUCUGUCAGUCUGUCCUGAACAAAGCGAGUGCGGACAGCGAGCUGGAGGGUCAAGUCAUCGCCUGCCUCAAGCUGAAAUACGCCGACCAGAGGUUGUCUCCAGACUGUGAGGACCAGAUCAGAGUGAUUCUGCAGGAGUCGGCACUCGACUACAGACUAGACCCUCAGUUGCAGAUACACUGCACAAGUGAGAUCUCCAGAUUGUGUGCUGAGGAGGCGGCGGCUCAGGAGCAGACCGGUCAGGUGGAGGAGUGUCUGAAAGUCAACCUGCUGAAAAUCAAACAGGAUGGCUGUGUAGUGGAAGUCCUGAACAUGCUGAAGGAGAGUAAGGCGGACAUCUAUGUGGACCCGGUCCUCUACACAGCCUGCGCUCUGGACAUCAAACACCACUGUGCCGCCAUCCCGCCUGGCAAAGGACGCCAGAUGUCGUGUCUGAUGGAGGCGUUACAGGACAAGAGAGUUCGUCUGCAGCCUGAGUGUAAGAAAAGACUUCAAGACCGAAUCGACAUGUGGAGCUACGCUGCGAAGCUUACAGGUGUGGAGCUGACGGACCAGUUCUGGACACGUGAGGAUGGGGUCCCUUCUGAAACCACCAGAUCUACUGUUAGGUGGAUCAUUUUUGUCGCGCAGUCGACACUUGAUUGGUUUCCACGUCUCCUCCCUUUCGUUUAGCUCAACAACUGUGUGCUUUGGUUGUUUCUGUGGAUUUUUAGAUUUGAAUUCACCCCCUAUCUGUUUUUUCUGCUCAGUGGAGUUGCAUGUUUUAACUGCAUGAAGUCAUAUCUGACAGACAGAAGCUUUUCUUUUCAACUCGGUGGUUACUCCUCCUCGUCAGCCCCUCUCUCUUGCGGGGUCCUCCAGGGGUCUAUUUUAGGCCCCUUACUGUUUUCUUUGUACAUGCUACCCCUGGGGUCCAUUUUUAAGUAACAUAACAUUUCCUUUCACUGUUUUGCAGAUGAUGUCCAGAUUUAUUUACCAAUUACACCCAAAACUGGGGGUUCAUUGCAGCCAUUAUUUAACCUCUAGAGGAUCUAAAAUCACGGGUGGACAUUAAUUUUCUUUCUCAAUGAAACCAAAACAGAGUGUUGUUUUUAGGUGACUGCAUCAGUGCUCUUCGCCCUCUGGAAAUUUAUAAUUAACCCUCCUCAAAAUCUGGUUGUGAUUUUUGAAAACGCUUUUAAAUUUGAUAAACAAAUCGGCUCUGUUGUCAAAACCAUAUUCUUUCAGUUGAGACUAUUAGCCAAAGUAAGGCUCUAUCUGUCCCACAACAACUUUGAGAGACUCAUACAUGCCUUUAUCACAUCUAGACUAGACUAUUGUAACUCUGUCAGUUCUGAUCAGAUGUCACUUCGUCGACUCCAGCUGGUACAAAAUGCAGCUACUUGGCUUCUAGCGUAGGGAGCACAUCGCUCCAGUUUUAGCCUCACUCCACUGGCUUCCUGUCUGCUUCUGAAUUGUUUUAAAGAUUUUAUUGUUUGUUUUUAAGGUGUUAAAUGGGUUGACACCUUCUUCCUUAUCUGAACUUUUAUAUAUCCAUGCUCCAGUUUAUCUGCCUCCUUAAAGUUCCCAGAUCCAGACUCAGAAACAGAGGUGAACGAGCCUUUUCUGUGGCUGGACCCAAUCUGUGGAACCGCUUACCUCAUCAGAUUUUCACUGUUUAUCUCUUGAUGCCUUGAAGUGCCUACUGAAGACACAUAUGUACUGUCUGGCUUUUAAUUGAAGCAGAGUCCUGAUACCUUGAUAUGUGGAAGUGUUUAUCUUGCUCUGUAUAUUUUCUUACAGAUUGUCUUUUCUAUUUUGAACUGUGAAGCACUUUCGUCAACUUUGCUUGUUGUUUAAAUUUGCUCUAUAAAUAAAGUUGAUUUGACUUCU